GGAAAACGAAAUGUCUCAAAUCUCACGACUUCACAUGAAAAUUGUGGAAAAAAUAACAAGAAUUUAAAAAAACGCAAAGCCAAACUUCAGACUCACACCAUAAGUGGAGAAGGAUAGAUAGACGACAAAAAGUAAGUGUUAAAGCUUAUCUCAUAAUCUCAAAUGGGCAUCAAUCUUUCGUCCCUCGCUUGAUUUUCCUCUGUUUUCCACAAUGCCUGAUUUAGAUCUAACUCCACCAGGAUCAGCAUGUAAGUUUCAGGGAAGAGAAAACAAAUCCGGCCCCUGUAAUCAACCCUGUGGAAACAACCAUAAGCCGCUGCCAAGGCCUACGCCACAAGCGCUACCACCAGGAACUCCGGUACUAGAGCAUGAUGAGCAAAGCUUGUUGGUUACUGGCUUCACAGUAGUGGCAAGCAUGCUAAGUUCCGCUCUUCUUCUAUGUAUUUUCUUUGCACUUGUUAGAUUGUAUUUUAACAAGAGGACCAAUCAUUCAAGGAGAAGAAGUUUGCCCGUUGUUUUUUUCGGUACUCAAGAUGAUUUUUUCCUUGAUGAAGAUCAAAUACCACAAGUAGAUAACCCCAUAUGGUACAUCAAUACUGUUGGUCUCCAACAAUCGGUCAUUGAUUCCAUCACAGUUUUCAAGUAUAAAAAACAUGAUGGGUUGAUUGAAGGGACCGAGUGUUCUGUUUGCUUGAACGAGUUCCAAGAAAAUGAAAGCCUCAGGCUUUUGCAUAAGUGCAGCCAUGGUUUUCACCUUCCUUGUAUCGACACUUGGUUACGGUCACAUCAAAACUGCCCAUUGUGUCGCGCCCCUGUUGUUUCCGAAACCAUGAUUGCUCAAACCAGUGAACCGUGGCCUAAUUCCAUUGAUUCAGGUUCGAGCAAUGAAACCCUGGUAGAAAACGAUGUCGGUGAAGGUGGAACCAGUGAAGAAAUGAGAACCUGUCGGAUUGAAGAUGAAGAUAAUUGGGAAAAUUCUAGGAAAAUUUUGGGUCAUUCUGAUUCAAAUAUCUUAACCGAUAUAGACGGGAUUCAAGAAGAGAUUCAAGCAACGAGGAGGUCAGUUUCAUUGGAUUUAUCUUCUGCCAUGGAAAUAGCUGGUGAAGCAACUGCGAAGCAUAAACAUCGUGGAAGUUUAGACACUGAAUUACAACAGUUAAAGUGUUCAACGGGAAAGAUUGCUGUGAAGCGAAGCAGAGGAGGUUCAAGCAUAUGCAAGCUGAUGAAAAGCUCUUCAAUAGGGAGAUCUUUAACCAAGGGGCCAGUUUCCAUGAAAAGAUCUUUCUCAUCUGGUGGAAUAUUCUUAUUAUCCAAAAGAACUAAAGGCCAAAGUUCGAUCCUUCCCUUGUGAAUUCAAGCUCAGAUAACAGCGGAUUAUAGAAGUAAAUGGAUAAUCGAAGUUUACUUGCGGUAUGGUGCUUCGCUAUAAUCAUGGUAGUGAAAUAUGCUGCUAUUAAUUUUGAGUUAUAUAUAACAUAUAAUUUCGUUAGAUAUUUCUUUUUCUACUUUUCUUGUAUUGAAUAAAUAAAUUUUCCCGUCGUAGACUAUAUACUACCAAAUUAAUAUAGAAAAGGUGAAUGUAUUUGCGUUAUACGUGUAUGGUACUCAGAUAUGUUUACAAGCUUC